AUGUCACUCCUCCAACUCCAACUCACUUCUCAUGCAUUGCGUCCCUCUUCCCACUACUUCAGACCCAACAACAGACCUCUUUAUCCCGCUAAGCGUGUCACCUUUGUAAGAACCAAAAUCAGAGCUGUUAGCACAGUCCCUGAGAGGGAAUCUGAAUCAGAAUCAGACACCACUGACCCCAACGAGCCACCUUAUGUUGGCUUUGUAUUUGUUAGUUCUGUGCUGCUGCCAGAUGGAACACCAGAUAUACACUUUCGUUCUACUUGUGGCGGCCAGAAGCUAAGGAAAAUAAUGAUGGAUACCAACAUUGAGCUCUAUGGACCCUAUGCCAGAGCUCUGUUAAAUUGUGCAGGGGGUGGAACUUGUGGCACUUGUUUGGUGGAGGUUCUUGAAGGUCAUGAGCUUCUAAGCCCUCGCACUGAUAAAGAGAAAAAAUUACUAAAGAAGAAACCAAAGAAUUGGAGAUUAGCAUGUCAAACAGUUGUUGGUGAAGCAGAUUCCAGAGGGGGGGUUCCUUGUGAUUCAACAACUGCCAGAGUGGAAAGGGCACGAAUGGAGUUAUGCAAAGCCUGGAGAGCCCAGCUGGGAUUCGGAGGAGCCUCUGUGAAGCCCAAAACCAAACAAUACUAUAAAGGCUGUUGCUUUCUGCACCACCAUAUCACCCACUUGUUAUUUUUUUGA